AUGUCUGCCGUGGAACCCCUACCCAGUCGAGAGUACUGGGCCGGGCUGGUCAGUGUAAAGACAAGCAACUGGAAAUACACGCUUGAAGAGCUGCAGCAGGACACGCCGUCAAGAAGAAACGGGUCGGAGCUGAAGAAAGUCGGUUUCGAGGACGAGUGCCAAAAGCGAGCCAAGGGAAUAAUAUAUUUGUUUAAGUGCUGCAGACAGCUGCGUCUUUCGCGGUCGGUGGCGAUGACUGCGUCGUGCUACUUCCACCGAUUCUACAUGCGUCGGGACAUGCUUAGCCACCACUAUUUUGAGGUUGCUGCCACGAGUCUCUUUAUUGCCUGCAAGGCAGAAGAGUGUCGGCGACGUCUGGCCGACGUGGUCAAAGUGUGCGCAAAGACCGCGAUGGCCAAUAGCCAGGACCCGAUAGACGAGAACUCAAAGGUAUUUUGGCGCUGGAAGGACCUUAUGAUCAGCCUGGAGGAGAUGCUACUGGAGACCCUAUGUUUCGAGGUCACUCCACCAAAUCCUUACAAAUUGUGUCUGAGCGCUCUAAAGUUAGAAGAAGACAUACCCAGAGAAACCGAGUGGCUCAAGCGGUCCAAGGACCUAUUCAUACAGUGUACAAACGUCUACGAGCUGACUUCGCGGGUGCCGUUGGUUCUUCUGCACGAGACAAACGUGAUAGCCAUGCUGGGCGUUGUUCUGAGCUGCGCAAAAGACCAGAGUAUGAAAAUACCUCCGGAAUUUGUCCAGGAGCUGGGCACAGACCAGGAACAGGUCUGGGCGUGCUACCAAGACCUGGUGGCGCUGAGCCGACCCCUGGCCAGUCUGGAUCCGCCGUUCCAGGUUUUACAGCAUCUGCCGAAACUCGAGUUUGAGCAGUUCACGGGGCUGUUUGGCCCUGCGGCGCCAGAUUCGGCGCCAGAAAAAACUCAAGAAACGCUAGCGCAGGAUAAAAAAGAAGGAUAA